CCUUAUAAAUAGCCGCCUUUGCAGGCGGCUGAGAGGACAGGCAGGGCACGCACUGGCCCCAGCGCCCACCACACCCUCCCCCAGGACCUGGGUUCUGUUCUGAAGAUCCACAUGGUGGCUCGCAACUGUAACUCCAAUUCCAAGGGACUCCACACCCCUUUCUGGCCUCUUCGUGGACUGCAGUCACGUGAGCGCUGACCUAGCUCCCAGACCUCAGCAGGAUGGAAGACAAGCUGAAGAAGGCCAAGAUCAUCUUCGUGGUGGGCGGGCCUGGCUCAGGAAAAGGUACCCAGUGUGAGAAGAUUGUGCAGAAAUAUGGCUACACCCACCUCUCUACUGGGGACCUGCUUCGGGCAGAAGUCAGCUCUGGAUCGUCGAGGGGCAAGAUGCUGUCAUCUAUCAUGGAGAAGGGAGAGCUGGUGCCACUGGAGACGGUGCUGGACAUGCUUCGGGAUGCUAUGUUAGCCAAAGUGGACUCUUCCAACGGCUUCUUGAUUGACGGCUACCCGAGGGAGGUGAAACAGGGAGAAGAGUUUGAACGGAAGAUCGCACAGCCCACACUGCUACUGUAUGUGGACGCAGGCCCCGAGACCAUGACCCAACGACUCCUAAAGCGAGGGGAGACCAGUGGCCGUGUGGACGAUAACGAGGAGACCAUCAAGAAGAGGCUGGAGACGUAUUACAAAGCCACAGAACCUGUCAUCUCCUUCUAUGACAAACGCGGCAUUGUGCGCAAGGUCAAUGCUGAAGGCUCAGUGGACACUGUCUUCUCCCAGGUCUGCACCUAUCUUGACUCCCUGAAGUAACUGGAUCCCUCGGCCAGUUCCCAGCCCACCCCGCCCUUGCCCCCUGACCCCAGGCAGCCUGGCUCGAGCCCAGCACCUCCACCCUGCCGGGCUGUGCACAGACACAGGAAGCUAUUAUCCUGUCCCAUGGACAUUUGAGCACUAAAGAAAUUGCCAAGGACGCUUAGGGUUGUUCCCUCUUCUUGCUUCCAACCGAGGUGAUUCAUGCUGCCACAGCCGGAGGCUCCAGCGCUGCCGGCCCAUUUUUUCCUGUGCCUCAGCCCAGCUGUCUUGUCUCCCUCUGGCUCUGCUGGGAUCCUAGGCCCUUCCUUAGCCAGCCCAUGUCAAGCCUAGGGGCCCCUGGGUUGAUAGGCUGCUCCUUGGGGUCUGGUGUUCCCCCUCUAUUUCUCAUGGCCUUGUCGUACGGCUUUGGCCCUAAGCCAUCAUCUCUCUGGAGUGAGCUCCUUUCCUUUUUUUUCUUUUUUCUUUUCUUUCUUUUUCUUUUCUUUUUUUCUUUUCUUUUCUUCUUUUUUUUUCUCUUUUGACAGCAUUUUGUGUGACUUAAGCUGGCCUCAAACCUGUUCUGUAACUGAGGACAACCUUGAUCCUCCUGCCUCCACUUGUCUUCCUAUGUGCUGAGAUUACAGGUGUGUGUACCUCCACCACUCCUGGUUUAUGGGGUGCUGGGGAUCAAGCCCAUGGCCCUGUGUACAUUAAGCCAGCACCCUACAAAUUGAGCUACAUCCCCAGGCUGAACAGGUUUUCUAUGCCUGACUGGGGCCUGGGCUGCAAUGGGCAAAGGGUCAUGGGCUCACCAGCUGGGGCCACAUGGCCAAUGGGUGGCAAGGAGCUGUGCUAUGGGCAUGCCGCUGGGUGGGCAGCUUCGGUCAGGGAUGGUCUUCCUGAGGAAGGACUCGAAGGUUCCCCUGGCAUGGCCCUUGCCAGGCCUUGCCACCCUUUGGCUGGUUCUAAGACUUGUUCUUUCAUGCUGUGUCCCAACCCUCACCCAAGGCAUUAGGACAAGAACAUACAGAUUAAGGAGUGCGAGUUGCCAUGGACGUGGAUGUGGGAUCAAGGACGAUUCUGGGACCCAGAGGAUUCCCAGAAGAGCUGGCAGCUCUCUCCAGUUCUUUACUCUUUGAUCUCAUUACACAGGAAGGCUCUGUUGAUACUCACCUGUCCUUGGACCCUGUCCCCAUCCCUAGUGACUUCCCCUGUGAGCCCAGAGAGCCUGUAAGCCAGCAGCCAUGGCUGUCCGGGGGACACCUGCCCCUGGGGGUGAUGGUGCUCACUCCUUUCUGUUUACUGCCACUGGGGCCACCUUUCCUUCUGCAUUGCCUAUUUAAGCUGUCCUUUAAAAUAAACAAAUGUAUUUCAGUUAUAA